UAUGUAAAAAUAAAUGCCGAUAUUCUUUACACUCUUCUAACUAUGAUUGCACUUUUAUGUUCAACAGUAUAUCAGUUACAACAGGAAGCACCUCGUCCCAAAAGGAUCAUUUGUCCUCAUGAGGUGGAGAACAGGCCAAAAUACUAUGGAAGAGAAUUUCACGGGAUCAUUUCUCGUGAGCAAGCUGAUGAAUUGCUUGGAGGAGUAGAGGGAGCAUAUAUUCUUAGAGAAAGUCAGCGACAACCUGGGUGCUACACUCUGGCACUUAGAUUUGGGAGUCAGACCUUAAAUUACCGUCUUUUCUAUGAUGGAAAACACUUCGUAGGGGAGAAGAGAUUUGAAUCAAUCCAUGAUUUGGUAACAGAUGGCUUAAUAACAUUGUAUAUAGAGACCAAGGCUUCUGAAUAUAUUUCCAAAAUGACGACAAAUCCUAUCUAUGAGCACAUUGGAUAUGCUACUUUGCUUAGAGAAAAAGUAUCCCGUAGACUGAGUAAAUCAAAAACUGCAUCAAAAAAGGCUGGUGUAGCAACAUGUGAAGAAAAUGCACCAGUUGAAAAGAUCACCUCCUUGGUCAGAAGAGCAGCACUGACUCAGAACGACAACCAUUUCAACUAUGAAAAAGCACACAAUUUUAAGGUCCACACAUUUCGGGGUCCACACUGGUGCGAAUACUGUGCCAAUUUCAUGUGGGGACUCAUUGCUCAGGGUGUAAGAUGUUCAGACUGUGGAUUAAAUGUACACAAGCAAUGUUCAAAGUAUGUUCCCAAUGAUUGCCAACCAGACCUUAAGAGAAUCAAGCGGGUCUAUUGCUGUGAUCUCACUACACUAGUGAAGGCCCACAAUGCACAGAGACCCAUGGUGGUGGACAUAUGCAUACGUGAAAUUGAAUCAAGAGGUUUGAAGUCAGAAGGCAUUUACAGAGUCUCAGGGUUCACUGAACAUAUUGAAGAUGUCAAAAUGGCCUUUGAUCGAGAUGGUGACAAAGCAGAUGUCUCUGCUAAUAUAUAUCCUGACAUAAAUAUUAUUGCUGGUGCACUAAAACUGUAUUUCAGAGAUUUACCAAUUCCUGUUAUCACUUAUGAUACUUACUCUAAGUUCAUAGAGGCAGCAAAAAUCUCCAAUGCUGAUGAAAGACUAGAAGCUGUUCAUGAAGUGUUAAUGUUACUUCCUGCUGCACAUUAUGAGACUCUUAGAUACCUGAUGAUUCAUCUCAAAAAGAUUACCAUGAAUGAAAAGGAAAAUUUUAUGAAUGCUGAAAAUCUGGGAAUAGUGUUUGGACCUACUUUAAUGAGACCCCCAGAAGAUAGCACUCUUGCUACACUCAACGAUAUGCGGUACCAGAAGCUAAUUGUGCAGAUACUAAUAGAAAACGAAGAUGUUCUGUUUUAGACAAGCAAAGCUAUAAAUUUAUAAUGAUCUACAGUGAAAAUUAAACUCAAAUAAAUCCUCGUGAAAAGAAUCAUGAGCAAUGUUUCAUUUUAUGUGUCUUGUAAAUGUACACUAAAAUAUUUAGUAAAAGCUAUGUUUCAACAAGUCAGAAGAACAAAAGUUUUUUUAAAAUCUUCCCUUUUCAUCUUUUACCUUGUUUCCAAUUUGUCCCUGUGUAGAAAGGUUACAGACUUCUUCUGUUAACUUAUUAAAAUAAAAGAAACUUUGUAUAUUUGUUUAGAUCAUUGAAGCAAAAAAAAAAUCUUAUUCUGGCUCAAUUUCUACUACAAUCAACUCUCUCGGCCCAGCAACUUGUAAAAGUUCAUAUGUGUAGCAAAUGUAUUUUGCUAGAUAUUUUAGUUCUCUCUUUUUUUAGAAGCUUUGAACAUAAUUAUACACAAAUAGACCAUGUCUACAUACAUACAUUUCUAUGUAGAAAUAUAUGUAGAAACAGGGACCAAUUAAUGUUCACAUAAUAUUACUUUGAAGAUAUGAAUUAAUAUCUUUAGUCAUUGCAAUACUACAGAAGAUAAUGGCAAGAUUGCAACAAAUGGUCAUCAUCAGAAUUUUGAACCAGAAUAAAUACCCAAAAAGUUUUAGUUUGUCCAAGAAUUAUCAUCAGGAUGUUCAUUAGUUUUACUUCUAUAUGGAUAUACAUUUUUUUCAUCUAAGACAUAAUUAUAUAUGUCUGAGUGAAAUAAAACAUGUAUUUAUAAAUAUAUUUUAUACUUACGUUAGCUUUAGGGAUGUCUUUUUAUUAAGCAAAAAUAUAAUUCAGUGCGGUGCAUUGAUUAUUUUCCGUAUAUUUUUCUUAAGCAUUAUUGCUAUACAGUACUAUAUUGAAACUAUUUACCACUGUUGCAGUAUUAUCCUGACAUAUUUCUUCAAUUGCAAAUGGUUUUUAAAAGAUUUUACUUCACAUCCAUCUGAACAUUUAUUGUAGAGCUGUGGCAAAUGGAAUAAUUUUUGUUUUAAUUUUACCUCCAUAAAGAAGUAUAUUGUAAAAAAAAAAUUAAAUAUUAUUGGCAGUACCAUCAACUAUGAUACUUAACAUUUGUUUCUUGAAAUGCAGUAUAGUUUUGUUUAAAAUAAGUAAUGCCAGAUUCUUGCAUAUUUCUGAACUUAGUAAAAAGUUCACACUUCAAUUUUUGUUACUUUUAAAUGCCAGAUGAGUUCAAUAUUUAUAAAAGUAAACCUGUUUUAAUUAAGCCUUUCCUCUUCAUUGUAUUUUGGCCAAUGUGUUAAUAAUGGAGAAUGAAUGAAAGAGAAGUGAUACAUUAUCAAAUUUCAUGGAAGUUUUAUUCUGUCUUUCUAGACACUGACCUGUCAAUAUAAUAAAUGCAAUUCAUUCUAAUAUUAUACAUAUUUCUCAUCAUAAGAUUUUUGUACACAUAUUUAAAACACAGGUAGAUAGUAUAGUGUAAAUCAGAAUUUUCUCUAGGAAAAACUGUUAAAUUGUACUCUUUAUUUGUAUGGAUUGCAAGUUUUGAAAGCCAAUUAUACUGUUUUCUGAAUUAUUUCAGGGAGCAUAGGUUUCUAAACAAAUAAGUGGGUAAUUUUGAUAAUGAAAGAAGAUUAAAGAUCAAACAGGGCAGGGAAACAAUGUAUAUUAAUUAUCCUUUAUCUAAAUCAACAAGGGCUAGAUAGAUAGAUCCAGGCUGCAGGCCAAAUGACAGUGGGGUAUAAUUUUGCUGGUAUAAUAGUCCUAGAAACUCUAUUAAGUUGCACAAAUUUAAAUGUUGUAGGCUAUAUACUAAAUAUUGCUAUAAAAUGGUAUGGAAAUGGUUUUAUUUUGUGAAGUGAAAUAUGCUUUGUAAUUUAUGAUACCAUAGUGU